AGCUCCUUCUAUAAAGUACAGUGGACAGGUGGAGGAAGGAACUUCUCUGUAAAUGUCUAUGAGACGUUGUAUAAUAUUGCUAACCUGACUGCUGGUGUCCAGUAUGAAAUAACUGUCACUGCAGUGGCUGGUGAUGGUUAUACUGAAGGACAGAGUGCUACUGUCACCAAGUACACAAAACCCGAAAAAGUGAAGACGCUUACUGUCAGUGAAAUCAGGACAUCCUCUAUAUUUCUGAAUUGGACUGACCCACAGGGUGAAAGGUCUUUAUAUAGAGUAGAGUGGACAGAUGGAACAAUAAAAAACAAUAAGACUGUCACUGAAACUAAAGUAAAUGUCACUGAGCUGACUCCUGGAGUGUGCUACACUUUCACUGUCACAGCAGUGGCUGGAGAUAACAGAACAGAAAGUGACGUAGCAACACUUUCUAAAUGCACAAAGCCUGAAGUAGUCACGAGUCUCUCUGCUGCUAAUAUUACAACAUUAUCUAUCUUUGUGAGCUGGACUAAACCAGUGGGAAACAGCUCCUUCUAUAAAGUACAGUGGACAGGUGGAGGAAGGAACUUCUCUGUAAAUGUCUAUGAGACGUUGUAUAAUAUUGCUAACCUGACUGCUGGUGUCCAGUAUGAAAUAACUGUCACUGCAGUGGCUGGUGAUGGUUAUACUGAAGGACAGAGUGCUACUGUCACCAAGUACACAAAGCCUGAAGUAGUCACGAGUCUCUCUGCUGCUAAUAUUACAACAUCAUCUAUCUUUGUGAGCUGGACUAAACCAGUGGGAAACAGCUCCUUCUAUAAAGUACAGUGGACAGGUGGAGGAAGGAACUUCUCUGUAAAUGUCUAUGAGACGUUGUAUAAUAUUGCUAACCUGACUGCUGGUGUCCAGUAUGAAAUAACUGUCACUGCAGUGGCUGGUGAUGGUUAUACUGAAGGACAGAGUGCUACUGUCACCAAGUACACAAAACCUGAAAAAGUGAAGACGCUUACUGUCAGUGAAAUCACUACAUCCUCUAUAUUUCUGACCUGGACUGACCCACAGGGUCAAAGGUCUUUCUAUAGAGUAGAGUGGACAGAUGGAACAACAAGCAUGAAUAUGACUGUGACUGAAGCAAAAGUAAAUGUCACUGAGCUGACUCCUGGAGUGAACUACACUUUCACUGUCAUAGCAGUGGCUGGAGAUGACAGAACAGAAAGUGACGUAGCAACACUUUCUCUAUACACAGAGUCUGAAGUAGUCAUGAGUCUCUCUGCUGUUAACGUCACAAAAUCGUCAAUUUUUGUGAGCUGGACUAAACCAGUGGGAAACAGCUCCUUCUAUAAAGUACAGUGGACAGGAACAAGUUUCUCUGUAAAUGUCAGUGAGAUGUUUUAUAACAUCACUAACCUGACUGCUGGUGUCCAGUAUGAAAUAACUGUCACUGCAGUGGCUGGUGAUGGUUAUACUGAAGGACAGAGUGCUACUGUCACCAAGUACACAAAACCCAAACAAGUGAAGACCCUUACUGUCAGUGAAAUCAGGACAUCCUCUAUAUUUCUGACCUGGACUGACCCACAGGGUCAAAGGUCAUUCUAUAGAGUAGAGUGGACAAAUGGAACAAUAAACAUGAAUAAGACUGUGACUGAAGUAAAUGUCACUGAGCUGACUCCUGGAGUGAGCUACACUUUCACUGUCACAGCAGUGGCUGGAGAUAACAAUACACAAAGUGACGUAGCAACACUUUCUCAAUACACAAAACCCGAAAAAGUGAAUGAUCUUAAUGUCACUGAAAUCAGGACAUCCUCUGUAUUUUUGAACUGGACUCCGCCAGUGGGUCAAAGGUCUUUCUAUAGAGUAGAGUGGACAGGUGGAACAAUAGAAAUGAAUAUGACUGUGACUGAAACUAAAGUAAAUGUCACUGAGCUGACUCCUGGAGUGAGCUACACUUUCACUGUCACAGCAGUGGCUGGAGAUGACAGAACAGAAAGUGACGUAGCAACACUUUCUCUAUACACAAAGCCUGAAGUAGUCACGAGUCUCUCUGCUGUUAACGUCACAACAUCGUCUAUGUUUGUGAGCUGGACUAAACCAGUGGGAAACAGCUCCUUCUAUAAAGUACAGUGGACAGGUGGAGGAACAAGUGGCUCUGUAAAUGUCUAUGAGACGUUUUAUGAUAUUCCUAACCUGACUGCUGGUGUCCAGUAUGAAAUAACUGUCACUGCAGUGGCUGGUGAUAAUUAUACUGAAGGACAGAGUGCUACUGUCACCAAGUACACAAAACCCGAAAAAGUGAAUGAUCUUACUGUCAGUGAAAUCACUACAUCCUCUAUAUUUCUGACCUGGACUGACCCACAGGGUCAAAGGUCUUUCUAUAGAGUAGAGUGGACAGAUGGAACAACAAGCAUGAAUAUGACUGUGACUGAAGCAAAAGUAAAUGUCACUGAGCUGACUCUUGGAGUGAGCUACACUUUCACUGUCCUAGCAGUGGCUGGAGACAACAGAACAGAAAGUGACGUAGCAACACUUUCUCUAUACACAAAGUCUGAAGUAGUCAUGAGUCUCUCUGCUGUUAACGUCACAACAUCGUCAAUUUUUGUGAGCUGGACUAAACCAGUGGGAAACAGCUCCUUCUAUAAAGUACAGUGGACAAGUGAAGGAAGGAACUUCUCUGUAAAUGUCAGUGCGACGUUUUAUAACAUUACUAACCUGACUGCUGGUGUCCAGUAUGAAAUAACUGUCACUGCAGUGGCUGGUGAUGGUUAUACUGAAGGACAGAGUGCUACUGUCACCAAGUACACAAAACCCAAACAAGUGAAGACCCUUACUGUCAGUGAAAUCAGGACAUCCUCUAUAUUUCUGACCUGGACUGACCCACAGGGUCAAAGGUCAUUCUAUAGAGUAGAGUGGACAGAUGGAACAAUAAACAUGAAUAAGACUGUGACUGAAGUAAAUGUCACUGAGCUGACUCCUGGAGUGAGCUACACUUUCACUGUCACAGCAGUGGCUGGAGAUAACAAUACACAAAGUGACGUAGCAACACUUUCUCAAUACACAAAACCCGAAAAAGUGAAUGAUCUUAAUGUCACUGAAAUCAGGACAUCCUCUGUAUUUUUGAACUGGACUCCCCCAGUGGGUCAAAGGUCUUUCUAUAGAGUAGAGUGGACAGAUGGAACAACAAGCAUGAAUAUGACUGUGACUGAAGCAAAAGUAAAUGUCACUGAGCUGACUCCUGGAGUGAACUACACUUUCACUGUCACAGCAGUGGCUGGAGAUGACAGAACAGAAAGUGACGUAGCAACACUUUCUCAAUACACAAAGCCUGAAGUAGUCACGAGUCUCUCUGCUGCUAAUAUUACAACAUCAUCUAUCUUUGUGAGCUGGACUAAACCAGUGGGAAACAGCUCCUUCUAUAAAGUACAGUGGACAGGUGGAGGAAGGAACUUCUCUGUAAAUGUCUAUGAGACGUCGUAUAAUAUUGCUAACCUGACUGCUGGUGUCCAGUAUGAAAUAACUGUCACUGCAGUAGCUGGUGAUGGUUAUACUCAAGGACAGAGUGCUACUGUCACCAAGUACACAAAACCCGAAACAGUGAAGGAUCUUACUGUCAGUGAAAUCAGGACAUCCUCUAUAUUUCUGAAUUGGACUGACCCACAGGGUGAAAGGUCAUUCUAUAGAGUAGAGUGGACAGAUGGAACAAUAAACAUGAAAAAGACUGUGACUGAAGCUAAAGUAAAUAUCACUGAGCUGACUCCGGGAGUGAACUACACUUUCACUGUCACAGCAGUGGCUGGAGAUGACAGAACAGAAAGUGACAUGGCACAGAUUUAUCAAUGCACAAAUGCAAGCCCAGUGACGAUCUUAGGCUGUCAAGGUCCAAACAGCAAAAAUGCACAAAUCAUCUUGUCAUGUUCCAAACCCAGUGGCCAAUACACUGGCUUCCAGAUGACUGUAAAUGGAAACAACAUCACUAACAACUCUUGCAAUUAUACUAUUUCUGGCCUUAACCACUAUACUAACUAUACUGUGACUGUAAUAACUCUAAGCUGUGGAAAUCCCAGCAUUCCUGUGUAUCGCGAGUGCUUGACAGGUAUAACAGAUCCGCCCAUGCCCAUGCCAGUAAGUUCUGCUAGCGUGGUGGAAUCGAUUGGUGUCACACACAAUAGUUUCAUACUACAGAUUGAUCCCGGGAUGUUUAAUGACUCUAAUGGACCAAUCAAUCGUGUUGGGGUGCUGUUAUCAAAGAAUGAUGCCCCCUCUAAUUGGAACCAAUUUUUAAAUCAUACUUACAGUGACUGGAAAAAGGAUAAUGGCGCAUACCUGGCUACAGUUGUAGUCAGACAAAUACAACAGUCCCGCAGCAGGGAAGAUCACCUGUUGAUAGGAAUAGGAAAUGGAUCCCAGUGGGAGGGCUACAGUAAUGGUCCUCUGGAUGCCAAUGAAAAAUACAGCUAUGCCAUUGUAUUAUUCACCCAACUGAACCUGCAGCAACAAAAGCUUGUGGAGAUUAGCGGUUCAUUACUUUCAGUAAUAGAAAGCCCUUCUUACACAGUUAAACUCCUGCAGGACCCAGCUAUCACUACUAUUGCUGUUGCUGUAUCAGUAGCAGUUUUUCUCAUUCUCUUCAGUGCCCUCAUCGGCUUUAUUAUCUACUGGAAAAGGCUAGCCAAAAAAGAAUCACCAGACAUCCAGAUUCAAUCUUUAAGAGCCAAAGUAAGUGUGGCCGUGAGUGUGGAGGACUUUGAGGCUUAUUACAAGAAGCAGAGAGCAGACUCCAACUGUGGCUUUGCAGAAGAAUUUGAGGACCUGAAGGUUGUUGGCACAGCUCAGUCAAAGUUACAUGCACUGAAUGUGGAGAACAAGCCUAAGAAUCGCUACAACAAUGUGCUUCCAUAUGACUCUUCUAGGGUGAAACUUUCAAUUCUCCAUGGAAGUCCGUCUGAUGAUUACAUCAAUGCUAACUACAUGCCGGGUUACAACUCGAGGAAGGAAUUUAUUGCAGCUCAAGGUCCUUUACCCACCACGGUCAACGAUUUCUGGAGGAUGAUCUGGGAGAAGAAUGUGCAGACUCUGGUCAUGCUGACACGCUGUAAUGAACAGGGACGAGUAAAAUGUGAGCAAUAUUGGAGUUCUGGUACCAUGCGUUGUGACAACAUCAUUGUAACAUCAACCUCUGAAAUACCACUUGAAGACUGGACCAUCAGGGACUUUGACAUUAAAAAUGUGAAAACAGCAGAAACCCGAGCAGUUCGUCACUUCCACUUCACAGCUUGGCCAGAUCACGGGGUACCAGAAACCACAGAGCUCCUCAUCAGCUUCAGACAUUUAGUCAGAGAGCACAUGAACCAGUACUCACGACACUCUCCCACGGUGGUUCACUGCAGCGCUGGUGUGGGGCGCACAGGUACCUUCAUCGCCAUUGACCGACUGAUUUUCCAGAUUGAAAGAGAAAAUACAGUGGAUGUGUUCGGCAUUGUUCAUGAUCUGCGCAUGCACCGACCACUUAUGGUGCAGACAGAGGACCAGUAUGUGUUCUUAAACCAGUGUGCUUUGGACAUCAUCCGGUCGAGAACGGGGACCAACGUGGAUCUAAUCUACCAAAACACCGCAGCACUCUCAAUCUAUGAAAAUAUUGGCCCAAAAAAAGGGUCUCCCAAAAACGGAUACCACAACGCAUAGGCCCAGAAGUCCAUCAGUUCUUCCAUCUCUCUCUUCACUUUUAGAAAGAAACUGAGCAGAUAUCUGUGAAGGGGAGGCUGUGAGCACAUUUUCCUGGAUUUAUUUUUAUACCUUUUAGGCUUUUGAUAACAGUCAUCUAGCUUCCUGGAUUCAAAAUUUGAUUUUUUGAUAUUUAUUUGUUAAGAUUUGUGAAUGUUGACAGUGGACGAAACUGCACAUAGAGCUGCAAUAAUGGAUUAUGUGUCUUGGACACUUUGCUAUAAUUGCUUAUUUUUGUAUUGCUCAGAUGUUUUAUAAAUUCUUCUUAAUACUGUAUAUGACUCACUGAUGAUUAGAUCUUUUUGCUCAGGUAGUGUGAUGGAUGGUGUACAGGUAUUUUUGAUCAAGAAAAACUUAUAAUAACCUUUGCCUUGUAUAAAACAAAUGCUGGUAUGAAUACUGUGUGCCUUUUAACAACCUGCUUCACCAAUUCACCAAUAGGUGGCACUCUUAUGUCUUCAAAUAGAAAAGAGAAACAUCUUAAAUCCAGCCGUCUGUUUGUGCAUAUUUUAAGCCAAUAUGAACUCUGCAAUGUGUUUAAAUGAAGGAGCCUUUUGCACAUGUAUGCACUGUAUUGUAAAUAAUGCACUGGAUGCAUUUGUCGUCUACACUGUCUACUAUGGAGAUGUUUUUAUCAGUAGCAUUAAUAUUUUUGGCCAGUGCUUUGUAGACUGUUAGGAUUAUUUCUAUAGACAUACAAUAAUUUUAUGAUUACAAUUUUACUUGCCUCAAUAAAAAGCUCAGGAACUCAAUUAAACUGAACGUGUUCCCAGCAUCUAUGAUGUUUGUACUUUGACGAACUUAGUCCAUUGUUUUGUCCUUAUUUUCUACAUUGUGCAUUCCUCACAGAAACUGUAAUGUUAUGUCACUUCCUGCUACACAUCCGAUCCUUGUAUGGAAAUCCUGUGAUGUUAAAAUGACCAGAGUGUCACAGUCUGGCUGAGGCAGACUGUACGUGUUUGCAAAAGAGGACUCAAACGCAGACUAAAAACAGAACGUGACGUGGAUUAACAAAAAACAAGCCAUUUAUUGAGGCUAGCAAAACAAAGGGCAUGGGUGAAAACUAAACAAUAACCUAAACUGGGUGAACUAAACCUUAAACAUGGUGAACUGACAUGGAUACCUGAAGACGUGACGUUGAUGAGCAGACGACCUGACAAGGAAUGACUGAAAGCACACGGACUAAAUACACACAGGAGGAUAAUGAGGGAAGUGGGAACACAUGGAGAAACAGCUGACACACAUGAACAUAACGACGUCACAAGGAGAGAGUAAAACUAAAAACAUUGAACAUAGGAACACAGGACCCCUUCAAGAUAAAACAGGAAAUAUGAGACGCAGACAUGACAACCUGAACUUGACAACAUAAGACACAGAUAUGAAACACAUGAAGGGCAGGGGAGACUUAACAGGGGUUGGAAGACACAAGGGGAAUCUAAUAACAAAUGAAUAAGAAAACCUAAUGAGCUUAACCAUAUACUAUAAACAUCAAAAUAAACUAAAACUCAAAACACUGGGUCGUAAGACCCAGGAUCGUGACACACAGAAGCGCAGGCUUUCAAAGAGCAGGAUUUUCCAUGAGGCAGAUACUUUACUUUUUUUUAAAGAUAAUUCAAUAAAAGAGUAAGCCUGUAGCUAUUUUUUAAAACUUAUUGUAUUUUUAUUUUAUCAUAGUGUAUUUAAAGCUAUUCUGAGCAUUUGGGUUUUAAAUGAAAAAUAUGUAUAAUAAUUACUAAGGUUUUAGGAUGUUUUAUAUGAUGCUUGCUGGUACAAUGUGAAAAUAUAUAAAGAAAAAGACAAGGAUUCAGAAUUUGUAUACAUUUUAACUUGUCAUAUGAAAUGGGAUUAAAAACUCUGCAACAUA